AUGGCGACUUCUCUCGCGGCGCAGUUGGCGCAGAUUGCCGCCAACUCUAAAAGCACUCUCAAUGUUAAGGCGCAGCGUGCAGCGCAUUCGAAGUCCUUGAUCUUUGAGCCUCGGAUCGCCGCAGGUCAGAACUACCAGUCUGUCUGGUCUCUUUGUCACGAAGGCUUCGAGGAGUUGUGCCAGCUGGACAGCCGGUUUCUGCAGUUUGCGACUACUCUUUUCAGCGAGCAGAGUCAGGAGGAAGACCGGACCCAAAUGACGGCGGCUGAAAAUGCUGAGCUCGAUAAAAGGAUAGAAUCCUUCCUGCGCUUGGCCGGCGGCCGGCUGAGGCUUAUGCCAACUAUCAAGGCAGUCGAGUGGUUGAUUCGACGCUUCAGGAUACACGAGUAUAACACUGCGAUUCUUCUAACGACAUUCCUGCCGUACCAUUCGAUACCAGUUUUCGUUACCUUGAUGUCUAUCCUACCAUCCAAACUACCACACGAGUACAGGUUCCUAGACCCUUACAUUCGAUCUCUUACCAGUCCUCCUCGGGCGACCAUCGUUCAUCAAGCCACACACCACUUCGAGUUUCUCUCGAUCAUAUCCGCGUAUACCCUAGAGUCCUGUCGCACCCAGCAGCAUUACCAAGCUCUCAUCUCUUUCUGGGGUGGCAUCAUGGCGGAGGCCGUCAAUGGCAUGGUGGAUAAUCUGAGGUCUGGUCGGAGGAGCAUCCAACAAGACAACGAUCAAACGCUGCUGCAACAAAUAGCACCAAUCCUGGCUGACUCCCUAGUGAUGAAGAAGGUGCCGCCCUUGCAGAUUGCAAGUUACAUGGUGAUUGCAGUACUUGCUUCAAAGGCCAAAUUGGACGACGUUGCUCUUACCGCCUUUAUGGACCAACUGGUUUUUGGGUGGACAAACGAGACUGUACGGCCCGGAAUAGUAUGCCUGUCCAUUCUCGCACAAUAUCGAUCGGCGAAACAGCUCCCCAGUAAGGUUACGAAAGCGCUGCUCAAAAUCCAAGAUCUGCAGCUGCUUCUGCUGGAUAUGUGGAAAGAACAUAGGGUAGACAGGCUUGCCAACGGGUUGGUGCUGGCUUUGAUCGACAGACUUACGAAGAAAGGAGACACCCGUGGCCUACCGAUCAUAAAGACAAUCUUGGCGGAGGAAAUGCUUCCCGAGAAACAAACGAUCGUCAUUUUCAAGAUGUUGAUUGUCGCUGCCCAUAAGAUCGACGGCGAGGUUGACCAGGAGGGAAAAGCGAGAAAACAGCUUGGCCUGGCCCUAGUUCAGCUUUCCCAAUCCGCUGGACAAGGAGGCGAACUUUUCAGGAAGGUAAUAGAAGAUGUCGACUUUGAUAUCGAGGAAUUGGAAUUGAAAUUAGGCGCUUCUAUUCAGCCUAGGAAAACCCUAGAGGAAGCGCCAAAGGAUGCUACGAUGGAGAAUGGUGUCGAGUCAACCCAGCAGGUUGAAGAUCUUGAGUCUGCACUUACUCGGCUGACAACGAAAGAAAGCGCGCUGUCGACUUGUUUGUCAGCCACUGCCGAUGCCGUCUUCGACGAAAUUUCACAACUAUUUCUCUCUAUCGCAUCAGAGGACUCAGAUCUCAAGACAUUCGACGAGGCGCCAUUGCUCCACCGUGUGCCCGCGCCGUCAACUUGCUUCUAUUUCACCUUUUACAUGCGACUGUGGCUCGGCCCUUAUCCUACGCUCGCCCGUGUUAGAGCUUUGGAGCUUGCCAAAAGCCGUGCGAAAGAGCAAGACUGCGCAAAAGUAGAUUUGCAGGCACUUCUGCCUUAUGCUAUUGCUGCAUUGAGCGAUCCAGCAAAGAAAGUCCGUCGAGCAGCAGCCGACCUCAUCACAGUUUUAGGAGAGCAGCAAGGCAACGCAAGAUCCAAGAAACCGAUCUGGGGCUCAAAGAACCUAUAUGAUGAUACCAAGGGGAUGAACUGGCUAAGCGCCGAAGCUAGCCAGGUCUUUCUCCAAACAAUUCUUCUACCGGCGUUAGAGGAGUCAAUCUUACACGAAGACCACAUGUCUGCUGUUCUGAAAAACUCACUUGACAGUUCUAAGAGGCUAUCAGUUUCCGAGAUGGAGUCAUCAAAGAAGAAUCGUACGUCACACGCUGUUCGGCUCUCUAUACUGAGCUUCCUUGCUUCACACGUUAUCAAGACGCCUCUUAUUGUCCUGAAAGUCAGGCUAUUGAAGGCUUUGAAUCAAAUACGAGGUGUAUCCAGCACCACUAGAACAGAAUUGUUACUGCCUGCUCUGCAAUGGUGGUCUAAUCUAAGCGUCGAUGAGGCGAAGGAAGUAAUAACCCGAGAGACUGCUGACGAGUCUUUACUGGACUUGAGCUCUGUUGAUAUCGUUGUUGCGAACGAUAAAGCCGGCCUGGAUUGCUUUUUUGAGAUUGUUGAGGGUCCAGUAGGCGUCAAUCGGGCUCAGCUUGUUCGUGCCAUUUUCUCUAGGAUACGGAGAAUGUGGCCGUCCAUGAAGGAUGACGCAAAAUUGUUCACAGCGCAGCGAAUGCUAGACUUGUCUCAACGAUCGACUGCUUCACCGGAACAAGAAGUUGCUUCGGUAGAGGCAGCAGACCUUCUAAGGAAUGUAGAUUUGACUACCGACAUCCUACUCUACUUCUUGGAAUCCUUGCAGGACACGGCGCGGAUGGCAACCGAGCCACCAGCAAACAAACGCAGACGAACGAGCUCUUCAGAUCACCACCGUGGCAUUGACAACCAGAAUUCUCAGGAGCUUAGCCACGCGCUUCGUAAAGUCACGUUUGUACUUCAGAUUGUUGAAGCAUCCAAACCGGCAGAACACCCCCAACUCCUUCAAGGUCUUUUCAUAACGCUAUCCGAUCUCCAACUUUUAAGGACACUGGUUGGUUCUGAGUUGGGAUAUCUACAGAAUCUUGUGCUCAGCAGCCUUCUCGCGAUGAUGCCAGCUUAUAGAGACAACAGAGAUCUCAAGAUCGAUACUUCUGUUGGCCAUGGCGAUGUUCUUGUCAAUUGUAUCCAGAAGUCAUCCAGUCCUGCGGUACAGAACUCCGCUCUCUUACUUGUUGCCAGCUUGGCUAAAACAGCUCCGGAUGUCGUUCUUCACAGCGUCAUGCCCAUCUUCACUUUCAUGGGCAGUUCAGUCCUUCGACAAGGCGAUGACUAUUCGGCUCAUGUCAUCAACCAGACGAUCAAGGAGGUCGUGCCUCCACUGAUCGACACAUUCCGCAAGGGCAGGCGAAAUGUUGUUGCAAGUGCUUCGGAGCUGCUAUCAAGCUUUGUAGUCGCGUAUGAACACAUUCCCUCUCACCGAAAACACGAUUUAUUCAUUUCCCUAACCGAGAAUCUUGGGCCGCAAGACUUUCUCUUUGCUCUGGUCGCCAUGUUUGUGGAUAAAUAUGGCACUUCAGAUAAUAUCUUGUCCUUCUCGUCCGAGUUGAUGGGUUCUUUUAGUGUCGAAACUCAGCUUCUGUCAUUAGUUAAGUUCUUGGACCUUUUGGCAGACAUGUUCAAGCCCAAGCCAAGUCUUUCUGCAACUCUCUUCUUCGGGAAGAAUGAGGCCGAGGAUACCGUGAACAAGACUGCGCUUAAGGAGCUCACCCUCCUGCCUUAUAUUCUUGCCAACCGCACUCUAAAGAAGGAGAUUGGCGAGUUGGCUGAGCGUGACGAUAUGGAAGCCGCCAAAAUUCGAGAGUUAUAUGCACAACUCUUGGAAGAUCUUUUGACUUUAGCUGAUAUAGUCAAGUCGAACCCGUCUCUCCAUAGCAAGUGUGGCGACGCCCUCUCUAACCUCUUGAAUUUAUUGUCGAUUGGAGAAUUCAUCAAAGCCGUCGAGACACUUCUUGAUAGACCCAAGAUUAAUCUCCGACAUAAGGUUUUGCGAGCACUGGAAGUGCGCAUCGAGAACGAAAGCAUGGCCGAUUCGAGGUCGAGGACUGCACUUCUAGCUUUCUUGCCGCAACUUACUGCUGUUAUUCGAGAUUCAGAUGACAUGCACUACAAGCACACGGCUGUGGGCUGUGUUGACAAGAUCUCCGAGAAGUAUGGCAAGAAAGAUCUGGAGGCAGUGGCAGCUGCUGCUUCGACCAUCGCUGGAGACCAAUGUCUUGGUCAAGCAGACCAGCGCCUGCGUGUUAUGGCACUUCUGUGUCUUGCUUCUUUGGUUGAUGUCUUGCAAGACGGCAUUGUACCGGUCUUACCUGCUGCCAUUCCCAAAGCCCUCAAUUACCUCCAGCAAUCUAUGGCUGGCCUCGAUUCUGAUGUCGAGAUACAUAAUGCUUGCUACAGCUUCAUGACCGCCCUGGCGCAGUAUCUUCCGUAUAUGAUUUCUGGCUCUUACCUUGAUCAGCUUCUUGCAAGCUCCAAUAUGUCUGCGGAAGCAGGCUUGGAUGAUGAAUGCAAUGGUAACCGCCGUCAAUGCCUUCGAUUCUUGGCCAAACAGCUCGACGCCAAGGUGAUAUUCUCGGCAUUGCAACAAAACUGGACCAAAGCUGUGGAGGCUGGUUACUCGGCUGUCAAAGAGUUCAUUGAGAUUCUCGGAGUGGCCAUUGAUAAGCACAGCAAGGCGGCUAUCGCAAAAAACGUGACAGCUUUGUCUACUAUCUUCUUGAACGCGUUCGACCUUCGCCGACAGCAGCAUCUGAAGGGAGAAGUAUCCACGCCAACACUGGCGGCUAUUUCAGAGGUUGAAACAUCGAUUAACGAGACCGCCCUCAAGAUGAUCUAUAAACUUAAUGACGCAGCAUUCCGGCCCAUUUUUGCGCAAAUCGUAGAAUGGUCUUCGUCGACUCAGCCGAAGGUUGAUGCCGCAGGGCUUCUCUUGAGACAACAGAGUGUAUAUGGCUUCCUAUACACAUUUUUCGACAACCUCAAGUCGAUUGUGACUAGCUAUACGUCGUACAUUGUUGACAAUGCGGCCAAGAUCCUCAAGGAAACUAUUCCCAAGGACGCCGAAAGCAAGGCAUUGUGGAGGACAGUGUUGAGGACACUCACAAAAAGCUUUGAGCAUGACCAGGAUGACUUCUGGCAGGCUCCGUCUCACUUCGGUGCGAUCGGACCGCUCCUUGUGGAGCAGUUCUCGCAUGCCGGGCUCCUAGACCUCUCCGAAGAGCUCAUCCCCGCUAUUGUUGAGCUAGGGGCAGCCGCCGAUUCCCAAGAGCACCAGAAAGAGCUAAAUGGAGCUAUCUUGAAGCGUCUCCGUUCCGAAAACGCCGCAGUCCGGCUUGCAGCGGUUCAGUGUGAGCAGGCACUGACAGACAAGCUUGGCGAGGAGUGGUUAGCCAUGCUACCAGAAAUGCUGCCAUACAUCAGCGAGUUGCAGGAAGAUGACGAUGAGGUUGUUGAUCGGGAGACCCAUCGCUGGAUUGUAAAGAUUGAAAGUGUCUUAGGAGAAAGCCUAGACUCCAUGUUACAGUAA